GGCGGCGGGGGCCCGGCGGCGGCGGCGGCGAUGCUGGCGGCCCGCGGCGCGGGGGCUGCGCUGCGCGGUGCGCGGCCCGGAGCGGGGCCGGGGCCGGGGCGGGGGCUGCGGCGCGGCGCCGAGCGGCACCCGGCGGGCGCGGGCGCUGCCGGCGGGCGGCGGGGCCCCCCCGGCGGCCCUGCGCGCCCCGGCCCGGUGCCGGUGCCGGUGCCGGUGCGCGUGCUGGACCUGCGCAGCGACACGGUGACGCGGCCGAGCGCCGGGAUGCGGCGGGCCAUGGCCCGCGCCGCCGUGGGGGACGACGACUACGGCGAGGACCCCACGGUCAACGAGCUGCAGCGUCUGGCCGCAAGGGUCGUGGGGAUGGAGGACGCUCUGUUUGUGCCGACAGCCACGAUGGCGAACCUCAUCGCGGUGAUGUGCCACUGCCAGCGCCGAGGGGCCCAGCUGCUGCUGGGGAGGGAGGCCCACCUGCACGUCUACGAGCACGGCGCGGUCGCUCAGGUCGCUGGGGUCCAUUUCCAGGCACUGCCAGACCUGCCGGACGGCACCUUCGACCUGGGCCAGCUGGAGCUGACCAUCCGCGAGGCCCACGGCAGCCGCUACCACCCCCGGCCCGAGCUCAUCUGCCUGGAGAACACGCACAGCUCCGCAGGGGGCCGGGCGCUGCCCCUCCCCUACCUCCAGCAGGUCCGCCUGCUUGCUGACCGCUACGGGCUGCGGGUGCACAUGGACGGAGCACGACUCAUGAACGCGGCGGUGGCCCAGGGCGUGGAGCCAGCACAGAUCACCCAGCACUGUGACUCCGUGUCCCUGUGCUUCUCCAAGGGCCUGGGCGCCCCGGCUGGAGCGGUGCUUGCCGGACGCAGGGAUUUCGUGGCCGAGGCCUGGCGCGUGCGGAAGCUGCUGGGAGGGGGGAUGCGACAGGCAGGCGUGCUGGCAGCGGCUGCCCGCGUCGGGCUGGAGCACGCGGAGACAACGCUGCGCAGGGACCACGACAACGCCCGCCGCUUCGCGCAAGGCAUCCAGGAGCUGAACUCGCCCCUCUGCUCCGUCAACCUCACAGCUGUGGAGACGAACAUCGUGCUGGUGGGAGUGAAGGGGGACUGGCCAUCUCCCGCAGAGCUGUGCGAGCGCAUGCAGGCAGUCAGCGAGGAGGAGGUGGCCGAGACGGGCCAUGCUGUCAGCGUGCUGCUCUUCCCCUGGUCAGCACGCUCUCUGCGUGCAGUCUGGCACUGGAACAUCUCCGCCCGUGACACUGAGCUCGCAAAGAACAAGCUGGACUUUGUGGCCAGGAAGUGCCAGGAGAAGCUGGCCCUAGGGCUGGGCACUGGUCCCUGGAGCACAGGGGGGGACUGAGCUGAGAUGCGGGAACACGCGUCUUCCUGGCCCCAGCCCCGCAGCUGACCCUGCUCGGCCGCUGCAGGCAAGUUUGCAGGCUGGGGCGAAUGUCCCGUCCCAUCCCCAUCCUCCUGGCAGGCAGCAGCAGAGGGGCGGGGACCAGCCAGAACACGCUCCAGGCGUGUCCCUGACAGGCUGCAGCACAGUAACCGCUCCCGCCCGCAGCCCUGCAAACCAGCGCGAGAGUCCAACCCUGCCAAGAGCACAGCUCACCCUGCCAGAUGGGAGCUCUGCAUCUCUGUGGGAGGGAGCCGAUUGCAGAUGUGCCUUGAGGGACAGAGGGGCGUCCACAUCUCGCCACCAGACCACUCCAAGGCAGCUUCCCUACCUCACUACUCAGCCCAGCAAACACAUGAUCAGAGCAUCCUCUAGCCGUUAGCCCACACAGCUCUGUGCUGUUCCUGUAACCCAGUCGCUGGAGACGCUGCCCAAAAGCAGGGCCACCACUCCCAAGGCCACACACUUCUCAAACACACGUGCCCUGGACGUGUCUAUACAAGCUGCAGCAGGAAGAAAGAUCCUGACGAUGCUCAGGGCCCAGCUGGGCAGCUUGCUCACAGCCAUGCAGUGUGGGGCAGCACAUACCACAAAGCCAGAGAGAAAACAGUCCAAAUCAGGGGCCUUUGGGUUGUGCUACGCAAAAAUGGCAGGGCAGGAAGUGGUCUCUGCAGCCCAGCGCUCUCAGCUCAGCUCUUGCUGUUGUAAUGAGACACUUGAGAUCUAAAUAAAGUUGUGGCAGUGCUGCGGCUGUGCAGGA